AUGAGCAAUCUCUUGGCUGUAAUUUAUAUUGCUGCCUACUAUACGGUGCCUCUCGAUUCCAUGUUUUCUCGGAGGUACGCCAGAAACGUGGAGUUUGACGAUAAAAAGUCAGAACACGAACUUAUAGGAGAAUAUGCUAAAUCGUUUAAAGACUGUGCUGAGAAAUGUAGGGGAGAUUGUGGGGUCUUUGGGUAUAAUGAGGUAUUGAAGAAAUGCCGGCUCCACAGGAAUUUCAACAUGUUGACAACAUCAGAAGAGAAAGGCUGGAGAUCGUUCUUUAAUGAUUUUCCUGCUACAGACUGUCAGGAUAUUCUUGAUAAAGGACACAAUAACGACAGCGUGUACGACAUCUUUCCUUUUGGAAUCACCUCUAUCCCAGUCAAGGUGUUCUGUGACAUGACUACAAUGGGCGGGGGAUGGACGGCAAUUCAAAAACGGAUGGAUGGAUCCGUGACCUUUGACAGGAACUGGACAGAAUAUAAAAAUGGGUUUGGUUCACCAGAAACAGAAAUCUGGAUAGGAAAUGACAUCAUCCAUCAGUUAACAAAAGAAAACACUUCAUCCCUCCAUGUGUCUAUCACUCUCCAGAAUGGUACAACGUUUUAUGAAGUGUACGACCGAUUCUCUGUCUCCAAAGAAACAGGAAAAUAUCAACUCUUUCUUGCAGGACCUGCCACGGGGACUUUAGGUAACUGUAUUCAAGUUAAUUUCUUAAAACUGCAUAGAAAUCAUGAAUAUCAUCAUAUACUUCUUUUCAAGGAAAGAUGA